GACAGUACCAAAUGAAACUGAAAUUCAGAAUCGAAUUUGUGAUUGAGAUUGAAUUUGAGAAUGAAUUGCGAAAAAUUGAAGCGCCCAAAAGAGGAGAGGGAAGAAGAAGAAGAGGAGGAGAUCGGGAAGCUUUUGCUGGGAAUCAUGGAGGGCUAUAAGGAUUCAGUGAUUCCAGCUUUAUCUGAUUUGAAACCCACCGAUGGAUUGAAGAUUUGUGAAAUGGGUUCCAUUAAUUUGGGGAAAAAACCAAGAUUUGAAGCUCCUGAGACAGAAUUUUCCCAGAAAGGAGACAACAAAUUGACCCAAAAUUUUGCUGUUCUUCAAUCUAGUGUGCCUUCUCUAAUCCCCAAUCCUAAGCCCACAAAGGUGAAGAUUGUGACAGAGACAAUUACUUACAUUAAGAGUUUAGAGACAGAGGUCAAGAGAUUGGAGAAGCUGAAGAGAUCCGUUGUGUCACAGAAGCCUGGAUUAUCUGGUUGUUCUACAUAUUUUCAGAAGCCCUCUGUUUCAGCUACUAUUAUCAAUGACACUGCAUUUUUUGGGAUUCAAUUGCCUGCCAAAAAGGGUUCACUCUGCAAGGUUUUUGAGGUUUUCCAGAAGUAUCAAGCUGAGGUUUUUGAGGUGACUGUAUUGGUGAAUGAUCAAAGGGUUUUAACUAUAACUGGCACAUUCACAGUUGGGAGUGAUGGGUAUGAGGCUGUGGAAAAGAUAAAGGAAGAAAUUUUAGGCCUUAGGAUUUAGAUAUUUGCUUAGUACUACUAAAUACAUUAUUCAGAGUAGAUCACUCAUCAGGAAAUGGGGAAAUUAUGAAAUAAUUUGUUGUGUUUGGAUAGUCCUUGAUUACAGGUUAUUAUAAGAACAAGAUGAAUUUGGU